UUGAUCCAAGAUGGCGGAAUUUUGGAAACGGCGAAAUACAAAUAGUCGAUAAAUCCAGACGAAAAGCAAUGCCACCGUAGCAUCAAAAAUGGAUUCUGUGUAUGAGCAAGAUCCUACUCUGCCAAUUGAUUUUGAUGGCAGCACCAAUCCAGAUUUGCUUGGAGAAGUAACUUUUGGGACCCAUCUCAAGUAUCCAGAUGGAUCUGUUCCAAUGGUUGAGAAGGCCAGCAGUGGGCGGAUGUCACCUGUCAGGGCCAGGACCAUGAAGGAAUAUGAUCAGCAACUUGCCACUUUAAAGAAAGAGAACUUCAGCUUGAAGCUGCGCAUCUAUUACUUGGAAGAGCAGAUGAAACAGAGAUUUGGGGAUCACGAAGAUGUGUUCAAAACAAAUAUAGAACUGAAGGUUGAAGUAGAGAGCCUCAAGAAAGAUCUGAUGGACAAGCAGGAAUUGCUGAAAAGAGCUUCCAAUGCAGUGGAGGGGAUGGCCUAUCAGCAUGAGAAUGAGCUGGUAAGAUGUCGUGACCAGCUGGAAGAAAAACUGAAAGUAACUGAACAGGAGGCACAAAAGAAUGCAGCAGCACUGAAAGAGGCCCAAGACAAGCUGAAAGAAACCCAGGACAGGCUUAAAGAGUUGGAGGCAGUGCCAUCUGUUGACCAGUCAGAGAGUAACAGAGCUGCUUUGGGAGAAAAAGACAAGAUCAUAGAUCAGCUGCGCACGGCCCUGAAGAAUAAAGACGCUUUUAUCACGGAGCUGGAGAGAGAGAAAGAGGAUGCCGUGGUCAGCAUGAGAGUGCCUCUGGAGGAGAAAGUAAAACUGUUGUCCAGAGAUCUCAAGAGGAAGGAAGAUGACAUACAGUCUUUAGUACGAAGGCUGAGCGAUCACACCCCAACAGCACAGGUCAUGAAAAAUUAUAUCGACUAUCAGUCACUGGAGGACAAGUUACACGAUGCUCUGAACACAGGACGGUCCACUCCAGACAGCAGAGACUCACAGAACACAAUUGAUGACCAGCAGAGGAAGAUUGAUGAGCUGGAGAUAGUGUGUGAACAGUUGACCAGUGAUCUACAGGACAAAGAACAGAUGAUUGGGAAAUUAGAAGACGGCUUGAGAGAUAAAGACAAAUUGAGCAAGGAGUUGGAAAACCAACUGCAUCAGCUGCAGAAGGAGAGCAAGACUGAGGCUGAAAACCUGCAGAAAAGUUACAAGGCUGUUCAAAGCAUGGUGAAGACUGUCCACGAUAAGGAAAAACAGAUCCAGCAGUUAACAACUCUGCUUGAAGAGAAGGAGGAUGAGUUGGAGCAGAACAAGCAGGAGCUCCAUGCUGCUACCAUGAAAAAAUACCAGGGCCUGGAGGACCAGCAGCUUCGGCUCUCAGACAAAGACAACAAGAUAGCUCAGAUGGAGGGGGACAUCAAGAUAAAGGAUCUGGAGAACCAAAAGCUCCAGAAGUCCUUGGCAAGGAAGGUCUCCGAGAUUGAAAGGCUUCAAGAACAGCUGGAGAAACUGGACGAGGUUAUAAAACACAAGGAAGAAUCUGUACAGGAUCUCCAAGAGAAGCUUCAUGAAGAGAAGGAGAAAGGAGUGGACAAACUGGAGGCCCAGGAACAGCAAUACCAGGUGCUGUCAGAUGAUGCCCAGAGACAGCUACAGAGCAAGGAGAAAGUGAUCCAGAGACUUAGCAAGAGUCUGAAAGAGAAAGACAGGCAGCUCCAGGAGUAUCUGGACAAGGAGCAGUCUCUCACACCCAAAUCUGAGAGUAAAGACAGUCUUAUUAGCAAGCUAAGAGAGAGGCUGGCUGAGAGAGACAAGGCUGUUGAAGAAGCCAUUGAGGAAAAGUUCCGUGCUCUGGAAGAGAAAGACAAUGAGAUUCGAGGACUGAAGAUGUCUCUAAGAGAGCGAGAGCGUGACAUUGAACGAGCCAAUCAAAUGCUUCUGAACUCUGAAGAAACCAUAGAUACAUUGGAGCGAGAGGGGCGUGAGAAGGAGCAGCACCUUGCCCAGCUAGCCAGUGCUCUGAAAGGACAGCAACAAGCCAUGGAGGAAAUUGGUGACAAGAAUGUUCACUCAUUGGAGGAGAAGGAGGGUGUCAUAAAGAGGCUACAGGACUCCCUGGCAAGCAGAGAGGUAGCCCUGCAGAAUGCACUACGGGACUCCGCUGCUUCCAAAGAAACCAUUGUGGAGCAGCUGCAGCAGAGACUGAAAGAGAAGGACAACCUCAUCGAAGAAAUCAUGGCAGACAGGAGCAAGGCGGCAGUCACCAAUGAGGAGGCUACCCGCGAAUUGCUGGAGAAAUUAAGAGAUAAAGACGGGGAGUUGAAACACUUGCAUGAGAGUUUCAAUAAAGACAUGGCCACUCUGAAUAAAGAACUGCAGCAGCUGCAGACUGAGCUGAAUAGAAAGGAUUUUGAACUGCAGUCCCUGGAGAACAAGGCAACGUGGGCAGAGGAACAACAGCAAGAAAUGUUGGACAAGAUGCGCACAGCUCUGAGCGAGAAGGACAAGACCAUUGAGUCCCUUGUGGAAAGUGCUCGGGAGAAGGAUAAACUGUUCCGUCAAAUCCAUGACUCCCAGCCGCCCAGUAUCAGCCCCAGUAAGCUGGCUGAACUCCACAGGCUGCGGGACGAGGUGUCCAGGUUGAAGAAUGAUUUGCAAAAUAAAGAAGAUCUGAUAGAGCGUCUGCGUAUGGCCAGGAACCGCAGUCCCAAACAUUCUAUUACCUAUGAUAGUCCUGACUCUGAGAGUCUAAAUGCAGAACUCAAACUCAAAGAAAAGGCAUUGAAAGAUGCACUACAAGCCCACCAGCAGACUAAAGAAGAACUGGAUCAGCUGAAGCAGCAGCUGUCAGGAGGUGGUGUAGAUGUGGAUGAACUGAGGAGGCUGAGGAUAGAAGUGGUACAGCUGAGAGAAGAGGUGGACAGACCAGGCACUCCCCAGAGACAGCAGAUCACUGUAGGGGGAGAGGAGAAUCUACAGCAGAUUUACCGCAGUCAGGUGGAGGAGACUGAGGGACUGAACCAGGCACUGCAGGCUGAGAGACAGCUGUAUGUUAACCUCAAUACUGUACCCAGUGGUCGUCCAGAGGCCUUUGAAGAGGAGCUGGCUGCAGUGCAGGCACUUCGUCGUCAGCUGGAGGAAGGCGUGGAGAGAAACAACCACCUCAGAGAGCUGCUGGAGAAACAGAUGAAUGAGGCCGCAAAGAAGAAACAGUCUUCCCA